ACAAUGCCACGGAUCCCCUUGACGCGGUCCGUACGUAUCACAUCGACAGUUCGACGCCAAAUGGUAUGCCCCUAAUACGGCCGGCUAAAAUUAACAGUUUCUUAAUCACAGCUACUCCGUCGAUGCUAGCUAGUUCCAAUCAUACCAGCUCACACGCACGAUAGCAUCACAGCAAGAAGAUCAUUGUUGAUGCCGGAAACUCUGACCUGCAGGCCGCAGGCUUAUAAAACGCCGCCUUCAACCUGUCGCCACGCUUCCAAGUUUCCUCCGCCGGCGCUCGCCAUUUCUUACUCGCCUGCUGCGCUGCGUGCGCAAGAGACAGCAAAAGGAAGGAUGGGGAACUGCGGGUUGAAGCCCAAGGCGCUAGGCGACGACGACGCUCCCCCGCCCGCCGAGCUGCCGACGCCGGCGGCCGGCGCGGAACAGGAAGUGGCGCCGCCGGCGGAGGUGGAAGAGGCACAGGCACAGGCACCUGCGGAGGAAACUAGCAGGGCCGUCGAGCAGGAAGGUACGGCCACAGCCGCUGACAGGAAAGAGCAUGAGGAACCAAAGGAAACCGAGGGCAAGGAACUCCCAAAGGAGAAGGAAGCGGCGGGGGAGGAGGCCGGCAGCGGCGGCGAACUCCCGCCGUCCACGCCGGCGAGCGUCGCUUGAAUUCAAGUGUUAAGAUGAAUGUGUUUGUUGCUACAUGCAUGCUCCGCUUUGAUUUAUUUGGUGUCGGUGAUUUUAAGUUUCAGAGUUUGUUUGGGACAUUUUCAGGAGUAGUCCUGAGCUGCACUGUGUUGGCGCUGCAGGCCUUGUAUACAUACAGUCGUUUCAUUUUAUUCUA